CGGUAGUACUGUGUGAGAGAUCGCUGGUUUGCUGUAUCGCUAGACUUGUUUCCAGUCGGAAGAGAUCCGGUCACGGUCCUUCUCUUUCCGUGUCUGUUUAGGAGUGGAGCGUGAUUUCAGGAACAGGCGAACACAGUCUUCAAGAUGCAGGACCCCAACGAAGACACGGAGUGGAAUGAUAUCUUGAGGAAGAAGGGCAUCCUGCCGCCGAAGGAGACAGCGAAAGAUGAGGAGGAGGAGGAGGAACAGCUGUUACAGCAACAAUCCGUCGUGAAGACCUAUGAGAGCAUGACUCUGGAGGAACUGGAGGAGAAUGAAGAUGAAUUCAGUGAUGAUGACGAGGCCGCUAUAGAGAUGUAUAGGCAGCAGAGGCUGGCGCAGUGGAAGGCUAACGAGCUGAAGAACGUGUUUGGGGAGGUGAAGGAGAUCUCGGGGCAGGACUACAUCCAGGAGGUCAACAAGGCAGGGGAGGACAUCUGGGUGGUGCUGCACCUCUACAAGCAGGGAAUCCCUCUGUGCACGCUGAUCAACCAGCACCUGUCCUCCUUGGCCCGGAAGUUUCCGCAGACCAAGUUCCUGAAGUCCAUCUCCACCACCUGCAUCCCCAACUACCCCGACCGCAACCUGCCCACCGUCUUCGUCUAUCGCCACGGCGACAUGAAGGCCCAGUUCAUCGGCCCGCUCGUGUUUGGGGGCAUGAACCUCAAAGCUGACGAGCUGGAGUGGAAGCUAUCAGAGUCAGGGGCCCUGAAGACAGAACUGGAGGAGAACCCACACAAGCAGAUCCAGGACAAACUCAUGACGUCCAUACGCUGUUCCAUGCCCACCAAACGAGACAGCGACGAGUCAGACGACGACUAACACACACACACACACACACACACCAGACGCACACACACACGCACACACACACACACGCACACUCUCAUGACGUCUAUACGAGACAACGUGUCCGACAGCGAUUAACACACACGUGUGCAUGCUAGAAUCGGUUUUGUAUGAAUCCCCAUAAUGUCUGUCACACAGAUAAAGGACUUUUUUUCUGA